AUGUACAGAAAGAUCACCUGCAACUUCUCUGCCCUCAACAACCCCUUCUAAAAGAAUUUUAAGUAAUUGAAGGUUGAAGGAAAGAACUAUAACUUCUACAGUCUCCCCGACCUCCAUGACGCUAGAUUAGAAAAGUUACCCUACUCAGUUAGAAUUUUAUUAGAAUCUGCUGUUAGAAACUGCGAUGAAUUCAACGUUAAAAAGGCUGAUGUUGAAAAGAUCUUAGCUUGGGAAAAGAACUCAACUCAACAAAUUGAAAUCCCCUUCAAGCCCGCUAGAGUUAUCUUAUAAGAUUUCACUGGUGUCCCAGCUGUUGUUGAUUUCGCUGCUAUGAGAGACGCUAUGGUCCGUUUGGGUGGAGAUCCCAACAAGAUCAACCCCUUGUGCCCUGUUGAUUUGGUUAUCGAUCACUCUGUCCAAGCUGAUGUUGCUAGAGACUUGAAGGCCUUUGAGAAGAACGAAGAAAUCGAAUUCAACAGAAACUACGAAAGAUUCGAAUUCUUAAAGUGGGGUUAAAAAGCUCUUAACAACUUCACCAUUGUUCCUCCUGGUUCUGGUAUUGUCCAUCAAGUUAACUUAGAAUACUUAGCCAGAGUCGUUUUCAACAACGAAAAUGGUGUCCUCUAUCCUGAUUCCGUCGUCGGUACUGAUUCCCACACCACUAUGAUUAACGGUUUGGGUGUCCUCGGUUGGGGUGUUGGUGGUAUUGAAGCUGAAGCUGUUAUGCUCGGUCAAUGUAUUUCCAUGGUCUUACCUGAAGUCGUUGGUUUCAAGCUUUAUGGUAAAUUGAAGGAACACGUCACUGCUACCGAUUUGGUUUUGACUUGCACUCAAAUGCUCAGAAAGAGAGGUGUCGUCGGUAAAUUCGUCGAAUUCUUCGGUCCUGGUUGUGAAAAUCUCUCUCUUGCUGAUAGAGCUACAAUUGCUAACAUGGCUCCUGAAUACGGUGCCACCAUGGGUUACUUCCCUAUUGAUGCCUAAUCUGUUGACUACUUGAAGCUCACCGGCAGAGACUCUCACAAGGUUAAGGUUAUCGAAAGCUAUCUUAGAGAAUAAGGUCUCUUCAGAACCAGCAGCUCUAAGGACCCCGUUUAUACUGGUGCUGUUCUUGAAUUAGAUCUUGCCUCAGUCCAACCCUGUAUUUCUGGCCCCAAGAGACCCCACGACAGAGUUCCCCUCAACGAAAUGAAAUCAGAAUGGAAUUAAAUCCUUACUGCUAAGACUGGCUUCAAGGGAUUCGGUUUAACUGAAUAAUAAUCAAAAAAGACCCACACUUUCAACUAUAAGGGUACUGACUACACUCUUUCUAACGGUUCCGUUGUUGUUGCUGCUAUUACUUCCUGCACUAACACUUCCAACCCUGACUCCAUGGUUGCUGCUGGUCUCCUUGCCAAGGCUGCCGUUGAAAAGGGUUUGAAUGUCAAGCCUUACAUCAAAACCACUUUAUCUCCUGGUUCUGGUGUCGUUACUAAGUACUUCGUUGAAUCUGGUGUUCAAUCUUACUUAGAAUAAUUAGGUUUCACCACUGCUGGUUAUGGUUGCAUGACCUGUAUUGGUAACACUGGUGAAUUAGAACCCGAAGUUGACCAAGCUAUCAGAUAAGGUGAUGUUGUUGCUGCUGCUGUUUUAUCUGGUAACAGAAACUUCGAAGGUCGUAUCCACCCCUUAACCAGAGCUAACUACUUGGCUUCUCCUGCUUUGGUUGUUGCUUAUGCUUUAGCUGGAACUGUUAACAUUGAUUUCGAAACUGAACCUAUUGGAACUGAUAAGCACGGUAAGGCUGUCUUCUUGAAGGAUAUCUGGCCCUCUAGAACCUUCACUCAAGACACCGUCCACAAGUCUCUUAGACCUGAAAUGUUCAGCGAAGUUUACAAGAGAAUUUCUCAAGGUACCGCCAGAUGGAAUGCUUUGAAGGCUUCUGACAAGAAGGUUUAUGACUGGAAGGCUGAAUCCACUUAUAUCCACAAUCCUCCCUUCUUCUAGACCACUGAACUCGUUCCCAAGCCCGUCUAGAGCAUCAAGAGUGCCUACUGUUUAUUGAACUUAGGUGAUUCUAUUACUACCGAUCACAUCUCCCCUGCUGGUAACAUCGCUAAGAACUCUCCUGCUGCCAGAUACCUUAACGAACGUGGUAUCUAAUCUAAGGACUUCAACACUUAUGGUGCUAGAAGAGGUAACGAUGAAAUCAUGGCUAGAGGUACUUUUGCUAACGUCAGAUUAAUCAACAAGAUGAUGGAUAAGGUUGGUCCUGAAACUGUUCACAUCCCCUCAGGAUAAAAGCUUGCUGUCUUCGAUGCUGCUGAAAAGUAUCAAAAGGAAGGUCACUAACUUAUUGUCCUUGCUGGUCAAGAAUACGGUUCUGGUUCUUCUAGAGAUUGGGCUGCCAAGGGUCCCUACUUACAAGGUAUCAAGGCUGUUAUUGCUCAAAGCUAUGAAAGAAUUCACAGAUCUAACUUAGUUGGUAUGGGUAUCUUACCUUGCGAAUUCUUAAAUGGAUAAAACGCUGACAGCUUAGGUUUGAAUGGUCAUGAAACUUUCAACAUUGACUUAAAGGGUGGAAACUUAAAGGUUAACGAAGUCUUGACUGUUACUACUAGCACUGGUAAAUCCUUCCAAGUUAAGACCAGAUUAGAUACUGAUGUCGAAAUUGCUUACUUCUAAAACGGUGGUAUCCUCCAAUACGUCCUUAGAAAGCUUGUCAAGGGUGAAGCUCAAUGA